AUGUUUUUGAUCAAUUAAAUGUAUUUAACGAAUGCACGGUAAUUAACAGUAGCAAUCAGCUGAUAAAAUGACCAUCAAACUCUACAUGACGUCAUUCAUCUCCUAAUUGACCAAUGAAAGUGCGAGUUAGCGGUUUUGCGCACGACCCAUCCCUUGGCGUGGAGAAGAAAUAGAUCGGCCAUUUUGUUUUGAGGAAGUGAAAAUAUUUUAGUUUUACCAUGAUUUUCUUGAUUUAAUCGUAUUUCUGGGCAUAUGGUAGCUGUUCUAAUGGUUCAUUGGAUUACAAAGUAUAUUUUCAAAAGGAUCCAGUGGAUAUGAAUUUCCAGCAAAUGGAAGGAAACUCGCUCUGAAUCCGAAUGAUCUCAAAAAAGUUCAGUAAUUUUUUGGGCUGAAAAUUGACAUUUGGAAACACCUCGGUAAAUCUUUGGUUUUUUGGCUAUAUGGUUAUCGAAGGUGUAGCCGCAUCGGACAUUGGUUCAUCUUUACAUAUGUUACCUGAACUCAUGUAGAAGCGGCACGGAUAGCUAAGCAGAGAGGGAAAUAUCAGUCCAGAACUUUGAAGUAAUAUAUUCAAAAUGUCAGGAAGAGCUCAUCUUCACACUGUUCAUGAGUCUGUGACUGCUGAUCGACACCAUGGGGUUCAUCAUAGCUCACAUGGACAUGGACGUCAUGAUGACAAUGCUAACCCAAGGAUAGGUUCUUCUAGAAGAGGGGCUGACGAGCCUCACAUAGGAAAAUAUAGACUUAUAAAAACUAUAGGCAAAGGAAACUUUGCCAAAGUAAAACUUGCCAAGCAUGUGCCCACUGGAAGAGAGGUUGCAAUCAAAAUUAUAGACAAGACACAGCUUAAUCCAUCAAGCUUACAAAAGCUCUUUAGAGAAGUGAAAAUAAUGAAGAUGUUAGAUCAUCCCAAUAUAGUAAAGUUAUUUGAGGUUAUAGAAACAGAGAAGACCCUCUAUCUGGUCAUGGAAUAUGCCAGCGGAGGGGAAGUCUUUGACUACUUAGUAGCUCAUGGUAGAAUGAAAGAAAAAGAAGCUAGGUCCAAAUUUAGACAGAUUGUUUCUUCAGUGCAGUAUUGUCACCAAAAACACAUUGUACAUAGAGAUUUAAAGGCUGAAAAUUUACUACUAGAUGGUGACAUGAAUAUAAAAAUAGCUGACUUUGGGUUUAGCAAUGAGUUCACUCCUGGCAGCAAACUAGACACAUUCUGUGGCAGUCCUCCAUACGCUGCACCAGAGUUAUUCCAAGGUAAAAAAUAUGACGGUCCCGAAGUGGAUGUCUGGAGUUUAGGUGUAAUUUUAUACACUCUAGUCAGCGGUUCACUCCCUUUUGAUGGACAAAACUUAAAGGAAUUAAGAGAAAGAGUCCUCAGGGGAAAAUACAGAAUACCCUUCUACAUGUCAACAGACUGUGAAAAUUUACUUAAAAAGUUUCUAGUUUUAAAUCCAGCAAAAAGAAGCGCUUUAGAAAACAUCAUGAAGGACAAGUGGAUGAAUAUAGGGUACGAAGACGACGACUUAAGGCCUUUUAUAGAACCCACACCAGAUUUUAACGACUCAGUGCGAAUAGAAAUAAUGCUUAAUAUGGGGUAUAGUAAAAAAGAAGUGGAGGACUCAUUGAACAGCAAUGCAUAUGAUGAUGUCACAGCUACAUAUCUCUUACUAGGACGCAAGAAUUCAGGGCUUGAUGGCAGUGACAGAUCUAGUAGUAACCUCUCAUUGAAGCAAAUGCAACUCUCACAUCGGCAGAACAGUGAGCUCAAUGCCAACUCGACCACGUCACCUGCUCAUCCUAGCUCCAAGGUCCAACGCAGUAUCUCCGCCACCAAUCCUAAAGGCCGCAGACAUAGUCAGCCUGUAAAUGAAAACAAUGCAGGUAAAACCCCAGGAAACCGGAGAGUGGGGAGUACUGAUUCACGUAGCCAAUCAUCGUAUCAGCGUAGUCGCCAGCCGAAUGCCAUAGAGAGCUCUUCAAAGGAGAAUGCACUCAAGUCACGUAGCAUCAAUAAACCUGCAGGAAUGGAGUCACCCGUUCCUUCAACAGAAAGCGACAGGUCAGCAAUUCCUAAGAAAUCUACGACAAAUCGGGGUAUCUCACGAAGAAAUACUUUUGGCGUGGGUGACAACAGGACCUCAAGUAAUGAGAAAUCUUUACCCUCAUCAAAUAAACCGUCACAUAGCGGAACUCCUAACGGCCAAGAAAUACGACCACCAUUUCAACGUACAGCGGGCAGUUUUCGUAUCCCCAGGCAUUUGACUAACACAAGUAGCAUCACAGACAGUAAACCUUCAACCCCCAGCUCAAGUUCUGCCAGGCCCAAAGGACACGUGAAGUCUGCUAGUACCUCACAUACAGGAGGACGCAGUGACCUCCCUCCACUGACUGAUGCUACUGAUCCCCUUAACAGACCUACAACGGCCCCAGGUAAAACAUCACAGCUACCGGUGUCCCCUGGCACAGCACCAUCUGCCAAUAGGUUCACACGUGCAGUGCCUAUCCGCAAUACAAUCCACGGCGGUCCUGGGCAUAUACGUCAACAACGGCCACCUAUUGGAAAUUACGGAGUGCCAUCACGAACACAAGACACAUCUGCAAUGGGACCCGGCUCUAUCGGGCCACAACAACAACCUGUAUCAUUUUUCAACAAACUGACUUCAAAGUUUAGUCGAAGCAAAUUGUUCCGUAGGUCCAUGAAUGAGCAGGAUUCCAUUAAGCCACGAUCGUUGAGGUUCACGUGGAGCAUGAAAACGACGUCAUCGAUGGAUCCUAACGAGAUGAUGCGGGAAAUACGCAAGGUGCUUGAUGCCAACAAUUGUGAUUACGAGCAACGUGAGAAAUUUCUGCUACUAUGUGUACAUGGGGACCCAAACACAGACAGUCUAGUACAGUGGGAGAUGGAAGUUUGUAAGCUCCCUAGACUUUCCCUAAAUGGGGUCAGGUUUAAGCGCAUAUCAGGCACUUCCAUAGGCUUCAAAAAUAUAGCCUCAAAAAUUGCUAAUGAAUUAAAACUGUGAAGUGAGGAGGGACGCUAGAUUAGAGUGAUUUCUACAACACCCUAUAGGUGGCCUCCUAGAUGGUGCUGCCUCUUGUGGCAACGUCAUGAGUUAAAUGUGUCAGAUUUGACACAUUUUUGUAUACAUAAAAAAAUAUUGUAUAAAUAUGUAGAUAUGAAUGCACAGAGUAUGGGAGAAGUUUUGUAUGGCUAUAUAUAUAUAUAUAAAUAUAUAAAAUGAAGUAAAACUGACUAUGUGUUUAUCGCAGUAUGGUAAAAUGCAGACUCAGCUGACAUUUUCUACAAUCAUCAUCGCUUAAUUAUGGAUUAUGGAAUAAUAAACACUUAAAGUAGAGUUUCUAUGACAUUGUCAAAAAACCUCCAACAUUAUGGCACAAUGGUCAUUGAACAUUCAUUAAAGAACUUAUUUGAUUAAUUUACUUUAUAUUGCAGUUUGAGUAAUUUCUCUGUAAUUUUUCAUUUCAAUGACUGUAAUGAUCAUUGUGUUAUAUUUGGAGUUUUUUAUUAAUUAUAUUGUAGCUACAUGCAAGUAGAGAGGUAUAGACAGAGACCAAGAUCUCAGAACAUCAUGUAUGCAUUGUAAAUUCACAUUUUAUCAACACAAUUAUGGAAUAGUAAAUAAAGAAUUCAAAUAAUAUAAUAUUACAUACUUUUGAUAUUUUGAGUUUUGCUCUAUGGCUCUUGGCUGAAGUAGGGACAGUAAUAGUGGUGGCUGCCUUGGUUACAUUAAUAUCAAUUUUACAUUUCACUCGCCAUGGUUACAAACAUAUUUCAUAUGGCUCAACAUUUCUGAAUAUGUACUUCUGUCACUUCUUGAUUCAAUAAACACUUGAUGGUUUUAUUUGCAAACUGAAAGACAAUGAGAUUGAAGGGUGGUCAAUAAUAAUUGAGAAUUUACAAGAUUUAUAUAUCAUUCUCCAAAUUUGAGAAAGAAUAUCCAUUUCUCAUUGAUU